CGUUGUUGCCGCAUGUCCAAUUGGGUUUGGAUGACAAUUUCUUUGCUUGUGGCUUCACAUCUACCAUGGUCAUUGAAGCGCACCGACGCCUUCAGCAAUUGGGGGUAGCAGUCUUGCCUCAGCAGUUUUUUCUCUUCCCGACUUGUGCGAGCCUCCUAACCGAGUUGAAUACUAGUUGCACCGGGUUGCAGCUUUCCGCCUCACAAACCUUCCAAGCUGUAGGGAUAGAAGUGGCCGGAUUGUCCCUACGCGCCGGCAAAUCCAAGUUCUAUAAUGAGUUCUGGAGCAACUUAGCGGCUGGGACUGAUUGCAUCACCGAUUUCACUGACCAAGAGCUCCAGGGCAUGGGAGUUCCAGAAGCAGACUACAGUUCGCCGAUUUUUGUAAGGAGCAAAGGUGUUGUCGACGACUUCGCAUGCUUUGAUGCGACUGCUUUCGAGAUGUCGAAUCAAGAGGCUCAACAUUUGAGCCCAAAUUUUCGAUGCUUCCUCGAGGGUGCAGCCCAUGCAUUGGAAGAUGGUGGCUAUGACCCUUUCUGCUGGGGCCGGCAGAAGAUAGGCGUGUUUGCUGGCAUGGGGGACAACAACUACUUGACUGGAGGUUUCGCUUCUGCCGAAGACACGGUUGUAAGCUUGGGCAACGACAAGGACUUUUUGGCCGGCCGUGUGGCCUACCACUUUGACUUGUGUGGUCCUGCUUUGAAUAUUCAAACGGCCUGCUCCACAGGCUUGGUUGCAGUUCUUGAGGCAAAGGUAAGCAUGGAAAGGGCCAGUUUGGAGGCAGCUUUGGCAGGUGCUGUAUCGUUGGCGCCCUUCAGUCCUGGCUAUGUUGCUGCUGAGGGCUUGCAGUUCUCCCGGCGUGGUCGUUGCCGUGCCUUUGCAGCGGAUGCUGAUGGCAUCGUGGUUGGUCAAGGCGUUGCAGUAGUGCUGCUGAAGGCAAAUGGAGCGGCACAUUGUGCUCUUCGAGGUGGUCUGGUCAAUAGUGACGGCAGAGCCAAAUCUGUCUUCCAACAUCCAUCCCAGCUGUCACAAUCCACUCUCCUUGCAGAGACCUGGCAGCGUAGCCAAGUGGACCCGUGCCAGCUUUCCAUGAUAGAGUGCCAUGGUACAGGAACACGGAUCGGUGAUCCGAUUGAAGUUGGUGCAUUGGCAAGCGCUUUCGGCAAAUUUGGACCGCCAACAGGUUCCAAGGUGAUAGCCUCGGUGAAGAGCAAUGUGGGGCAUGCUGGGGCUGCAGCUGGAGUCAUCGGAUUUAUAAAGACUUGCCUGGCCUUGAAGCACCGUCUCAUUCCUGCAUCGUUGCAUUGCAGGACGUUGAACCCUGACCUUCCCUUGGGCAAGUGUUUUGUUGUGUCGCAGGAAUUGCAAGGCUUCCCCCAAAAGGAGACACCAUGCGCAGCCGUGAGCUCCUUUGGUUUGGGUGGCACAAAUGCACACGCAGUGCUGGAAGCCAUUGGUGAGGCUGCAGAAACUGAAAGUCGUCGGGAACCAACUUCAUUCCGGAGAGAUGUAUUUUGGCAUCCGCAAAUCGAGAAAACCAUAGGAGUGGGCCACGGCUAUCCUUUCUUCAGCUCAGCCCAUCCAGUGCUUGGAGAGGCUCCCUGGGUCAAUGGACAGAAGCUCUACCCUUGCAAGCUGAAUCCUCGUGAUGACCGGGUGGCCUUCCUUUGGCAACAUCAGGUGAACGGAAAAAUUGUUUUCCCAGGGGCUUCUUUCCUUGAACUCUUUCUGGAGGUGGGGCAUCGUCUUGGGUUUUGCGAGAUUUGCUUGCAGGAAGUCGGUUUCGAGAGGCCGCUGGUCCUGAGUCAGGAGAAUUGUGAAUUUUACGUGGCACUCGACAUGGAAUCUGGGGAUGUUGAGAAGGGCAAAGUACGGGCUACAAGUUUGGAUGGACAGACAGUUUUUGCCAGAGCUGUAGUGCAGCGUGGUGCGCCUCUGAAGUCCAUGCCACAUCAUUCUGAGGAGAGAGCAUUUGUUGACGUGCUGGAGGCCUAUCGGAAAGCUUCCUAUGGCCCGGCUUUCCAGACUGUGCAGCACAUGGAAGCUGGAGGGACCACCGCAACUGCAAGACUUGCUGUGCAAGAUGGAGGUUUUCAGCGCCCUGAUUUUCGCUUUGAGCCAACCCUUUUGGAUGGAGCGUUUCAGAUCAUGCUCGGCAAGUCAGCGGGGGAAGUGUGGCCCCGCUCUGUCAAGUCAGUCCACUUCGACAAUGGCGGUGGCAAGGCGUUGCGUGGCGCGGAAGCGAAAGCUGAAUGGUACCACAGCUUGGAGGGAUCGGUGCAGCUUUUUGACGAAGAUCAAUGUGUCCUCCGCCUUGAGUGCUUGCAGUUCAGCCGCAAACCCCGCAAGCCACAAGUCGGUAGACCUGGCCUUGCUUUUCAGGGCACGUGGGAUGAUGCUCCCCUUCCUGGACGGGGUUUUAACGGUGGCAUGGAAACGUCUUGCGUAGCGUUUCAUUCACAAGGAAGGAGCCUGGGCUUGCUGGGAGAGCUGGGCAAAUUGUGUGACGUGAAGCUGGUUGGGUUGGAUAGUGGACUUGUGUUUGAGAAGGAUUUGUUGGAGCUCCCUACCAAUGCCACUCUUCUAUUUUGUGUGAGUUUGGAGUGUGAUGGAUCGGACGACUUGUCCCAGCAGCUUGCGGCGUCCUGCCUUUGCCUUCUGAAUCUUGUGCGCGCACUUUUCCAUGAGAAAGGUCAAAGAAGCCGGUUGCUUGUGCUCACCAGGUGUGCUGCCGAGGUGGCUGAUUCUGCGAUGCCACUUCAUCUUUCACAAUCAGCCUUUGUAGGUCUCAGUAGGGCCAUUCAACGUGAAUGCCCGCAGUUGACUGUCCUUCACAUUGAUUUGGAUGCGAUGGAACCUGCUGAGGACGCCAAAUUGCUGGCGCAGGAGCUUGUGUCGGACACUGAACCAACAGAGCUUUCCAUUGCCUAUCGGAGAAGCCAGCGUUAUGCCUGGAGACUGGGCUUCGCUGACUUGAUGGAGGGGCAAGAGAAUAUGCCCCUGCUUCAGGGGACAUACAUGAUCACUGGCGGCUUGGGUGCCUUGGGGUUGGAGAUUGGAGAGUGGCUAGGCAAGCAAGGAGUCUCUGAACUUAUCCUGGUCAGCCAUCGGGAAAAGCAGUCCAGUUCAGUGCAUGGCAAGCUUCGCAACAUGGACCAGCUCAACUGCAAGGUGUCCAUUGAGCUCAGGAAUGUUUCCCAGCGAGACCGUGUCGAUGAGCUUUUCAACAAAGUUGGCAGUCGGCUGACUGGCAUUGUCCAUGCGGCUGGCGUUCUGUGUGAUCAAAGAUUGUUUGAUGUGAGCAUAAGCACCUUCAACAGUGUCUUUGACCCCAAGGCAGUGGGGGGAUACUUGCUUCAUGCUGCUUCUCGGUUGCGCAAGCCUCAGCUUGAACAUUUUGUGCUCAUGUCCUCAACUUCCUCUGUUCUUGGUUCUAUUGGUCAAGCUUCGUAUGCGGCUGCAAAUAGCUUUUUGGAUGGCCUUUCGGCGAAGCGACGCCAAGAGGGCCUUGUUGCGCUCAGCAUCAAUUGGGGUCCAUGGGCCGAAGUUGGCAUGGCCGCAAAGUCAAAGUUGUUGCCUGGCAUACAACACCUGCCAGUGCAAGAUGCGUUGGAGGCUUUGGGUCAGGUGCUUCAGUUGCCUCUUCCCCAAGUCGUGGUUGCGGAUUUGGACCAGCGGAUGCUGUCAUCCAAGGUUGCUUGGGCUGAGCGCUUCAAAAGCCACCACAAAACAAAGGUGAUCCUUGAUGACGCGCAUGCCUUGCGGUCGUUUCUGGUGGCAACUGUGAAGGAGAUGACAGGUGCGUGUGAAGUGGACACAACGACGAGCUUUGCUGACCUUGGGGUUGAUUCACUGCACAUCAUUUUGCUGGUGCACAAAAUCCGAGACGAAAUGAUGUUGACAGUCCAGCAGCUGGAUGAGACCACUUUGUAUGACAGCAAGUAUUCCACCAUUGAUGGGCUCACGACAUAUUGCCUGCAAGUUGGCCAGCAGUCCGUGGUGGCUCAGUCCGUGGCUUGUCCCACACCGCAAAGUACCUCUUGUUUUGUGCAGGCUGUUUCGUGCGAGUACCCUCGAGGACUCACAGACAUGCGAACUCUUUUUGAUUUCCUCAUGUCUGAAAAGGAUGCAGUUUCUGAAGUUCCAGUGUCGCGGUGGGACAUUGAUUCAUACUAUUCAGAGGAAAAGCAGCCUGGUUUCUUGUACACCAGACAUGGUUCCUUUCUUGCUCGGAAUCCGUUUGCCUUUGAUGCGAAAUAUUUUGGCCUGGCCCCACGAGAAGUGAAAUACAUGGACCCGCAGCAACGUCUACUUCUUGAGACCGCGGAGCAGGUUAUGGUCACUACAUCAGGCAGUUUGGCCGAACGGGUCAGAUCUGGACCUUCUGAGACAGGAGUCUUUGUCGUUUCCAUGACCCGUGACUUUGGCGAUCAGCUGUGCCUACACCAGGUGCCACACGACCAAUAUGCCGGUAGUGGAAAUUGUCCAAGUGUUCUUGCAGGAAGAAUUGCAGACCGCCUUAAUCUGGAGGGGCCAGCGAUGACAUUGGCGACCGCGUGCUCUUCCUCCCUUGUAGCGUUGAACGUGGCUCGUUUGCAUCUCCAGACACAAUGCUCAACUGCGUUGGUAGGUGGUGUGAAUUUGAUGCUGGCUCCUGAUGUGACGAUCAACUGCUGCCAAGCCGAAAUGCUCUCACGCUUUGGUCGCUGCCGGAGCUUUGAUCAAGCUGCGGAUGGCUACGUCCGUGGCGAGGGUUGUGGCAUGUCCUUUCUCGGUGGUGACUCCGGCUUCCGAGUGCUGGGGUCUUAUGUCAACCACGAUGGCAAAGGACAAGGCUUGACAGUUCCGAAUCCUGGUGCCCAGACGAAAGUGAUUCAUCAAUCGAUGCGCUGCGCGAUGCUGGGGCCCAUGGAGAUUGACCUUCUGGAAGCACAUGGGACUGGAACCUCUUUGGGUGACCCUGUGGAAGUUCGAGGCCUUCGCACCGUCUUCAAGGACAAGAUGCCGAGCUUGCUACUGAGCACAGCCAAAAGCACAUUUGGUCACCUUGAGGCUGCAGCAGGAGCUUUGGGCCUGCACAAGGCCAUUGCUUGCCUUGCGACGAAUGCAGUGCCGAGAAACAUUUGGCUUGAGACUUUGAACCCUUUGGUGGCAGAGCUUCAGGAGGGUUGGUUGCAGGUGGUGGCUGAAAGCACGCAAGCGUCUUUGUCACUAUGUGGUGUAAGUAGCUUUGGCUUCAGUGGCACCAACGCCCAUGCAAUCGUGGCAGCAUCAGUAUCAGAGCUUCUACCCUCCAAACCAUUCACUUUUCAACGGCGAGAUCAUCCAUGGGCUUGGCCAGGUCGUUCGCCUCACAUGUCAGCCGCAACCAGCGUAAGCAGAGCUCAGGAAGUUGCUUACUCGCUAGAAUGGGAGAUGAGUGUGCCUGAACAAGGCUCGCCCGACAAGCAGCACAAGAACCUCAUUCUGAGCAAUUGGGACGAUCGGUUCAUGCUGUCGCUUGAAUCCGGAAAUGUCCAGGCUUGCUGGAAUUGCCCCGUCGGAUUUCUGGAUCAUGAUGGACACAUUAAAGAAGUGCAUCUUGACCAGCCCAAAAGCCUCCAGGUUCUUAUCAGAGAAGAAGCUCACGGGGUAGCGCGGGUCAUCAUUUGUGCGCAGACGCACGUAGAACCGCUUCCAAAGCCAGACCUGUUGUCCUUGGCCUGCUGCUUGCACUUGUUGCAAGCGCUCAUGGAAGCCAAAAAGGCCAUUCCAGUGGUCGUAGUCACAGCAGCUGCUGCAUUGGUCAGCAAGUCUCAAGACACAGUGAAUUUGUCGCAAGCUCCUUUGUUGGGCUUUGUACGAGCUGCCGCAGUGGAGUAUCCUGGACAUCCUUUUCUUGUAGAUGUUCCACUUGGAGAGCAGCUGGAUUUGUCCAAUUUGACAUGGCAAUGGCCAUGGCAAGCUCUGCGGGAUAGAACUUCACUCCACCAGGUGCUCGUGAAAGCCGCGAAGGAGUCUGCAGCUUUGGAUGUGACGGGCAAGACCUUUGCGGUGAGUGGUGGCUUUGGCUCCCUGGGCUUCGAAGCCACUUGCUGGUUGGCCGAGCAAAAGGUGAAGCGUUUGCUGAUCCUCAGCCGCUCUGCUGAGAACCAUGAGGAGAAGUUGCAGCAUCUGAGGAGCCAGUACCCUGACACUGAAGUCUUGGCAAGGAAAUGCAACGUUACUCAGGAAGAAGAGGUUAGAGACUCGCUUCGCUUGCUGAAUAGCUUGAUCCAUGGAAUGGUGCACUGUGCAGGUUCGGCUACCCAAGUCGGGCUGCUAGGGACAUUGAGGCAAGCUGAUUUCAAUAACUUGCAAGAAUCUGGUGCGUAUGGAUCUUGGACUUUGCAUGCAGUGACGGAGAAGUUCAACCUAGAGCAUUUUGUGCUCUUCUCAUCCUCUGCCUCAGUUCUGCCUAUGGAAGGACAGUCGAGCUAUGCAGCGCAGAAUGCCUUUCUUGAUCAGUUGGCGGAAUUUCGUCGGCUUGGUGGCCAAGCUGCCUCAGUCAUCAACUUUGGCCUUUGGGGUCAGGUUGGGAUCGGAACUGACCAAGCCUUCAGGAAGAGGCUUACCCCUGGCAUUGGAGUGUUGGACACAGUAGAUGCCUUGGAAGUUCUAAAGCUUGCGAUGAGAAGAGGGGUUCCUCGCCUCAUUGCGAUGCCUGUUGACUGGAAGGCUUUGAUGCCGCAUUUGGAUUGGAGCGUGAAAGCUUUCGCCAGUAAGUUUGUCAAAGCCAAGAUUGUGUUGCAGGAGUCUGCCCCAGGAUUCUCAUGCUCGCGCCCUUCCAAAGCUGACGCUAGUCAGAUGAUCCGCUCCGCAAUUUCGAGGGUGCUAGAAACAGGUUUGAAAGAUGUGGCUGAUGAUGAGGACUUGGACUCGCUGGGCUUUGAUAGCCUCAUGUUUGAGCAGUUGAGGAGGAUCAUCAACGAAGAGUUAGGUGAGCAAGUUGUGUCCGCCGCGUCGCUACUCCAACACAGGACCAUCCGGGGAUUGGCUGGGCAGAUUGCAGGUCCAGUGUGUGAACAUGCUGACGAGAAUGGCGAUGAAGACGUUGUGGAGUAUAUGCAGCAACAACAGCGACUUCAGUCAGCACGCCUGAAGACCUUGCGCAAAGGAAACCCAGAAGCGAAGUCUAUGCCGCUGAUCUUCAUCCAUACCAUCAUGGGCAACAGUUUCUUGUAUCAAUCUUUGGCAGGAGAGUUGCCUGAGUAUCAUAUUGUGGCGAUCGAUGACCCCAACUUUGGGGAUCCUGAUCAUCACUUCAAAACGCUGGAAAGCAUGGCGUGGUGCUAUGCCAGUCUCAUCUUGGAGCAAAGCGAGAUCUGUGAACCGUACCAGGUGGCAGGGCUUUCAUUUGGAGGAGCUGUUGCCUUGGAAGUGUGCCAGCAACUGGUGCGCCGAGGUAAGAAAGCCACUGCCAUCAUGCUUGACACUGUUUGUCCCCAACCAGGCCAUUUGAAGCUGCCGGAUGCGACAGUGGUGCCAGAGAAGCACGUUAUGGGCAAGCUUAGAGAAGACUUGGACCAAUUCUACCAGAUCGAGCUUCGUAACAAUGAACGCAUUCUGAACGACUACGAUGCAAAGCAGCAUGGACAGCAAUGUGCGCCCAUGUUGCGGGUGGUUUUGUUGAAAGCUCAAGGCCUCGAUGGCACUAGUCGGGCGCUGAGGGGCUUGGAGGACCUACAAAAUGGCUGGGGAUGGCUGCAUCCAGAGAUGUACAGUGUGCCUGGGUCACAUUUCACCAUUUGUGAGCCUGGCUAUGCAGAGCGGACAUCUGCCGCGAUCCGGUUCGUCCUGGGUGGAAAGCCAGUGAAAUUGUCAAGUCUCUCUGACCUUUGGUUUCACGCAGUUCGUCACGGUGAUAGCUUUCUGUACACCAGAUUGCUGAAGCAUCCAGAGUUUGCAGAGUGCUGGAUCCAUGAUGAAGCAGCAGCUCACCACAUGACUGCUCUCCAGAUGGCAGCAGAAAAUGAUGACGUUUUCCUGGCAAAACUUCUAUUGACCAAGGGUGCCCGGAUGACUUCCAACGGCAAACAUGCUGUAGAUUCUGCUCUCAAUGCAGCAAGCUUUCGGACCUUCAGCCUUCUGAGCCUUCUAAGCCAGCGUACGGAAAGCUCUACAGAGUUGGUGUUGGAUGACUUUGGUGAUAGAGAAAACAAAAAGCAAUUGGAGAUCUUCUCGAGGCCGGUUGGGGCUGCCGAGCGGAGAGGGCAACCUUGGCUGCGAACGCUCAAGGCCAUGAAUGCCUCAGGCGACUCGACUCGCCACCAUGAGGGCCCAAUGGGUGAGCAGCUACACUUGCUCCAGCAGUACAGUUGA